GGAGAGAAACCUCAUAAAUGUCAGACCUGUGGGAAGGCCUUUAUUCACACCUCUGAACAUAGGAGAAUUCACACUGGAGAGAAACCCUAUAUAUGUAAGGAAUGUGGAAAGGCCUUUCCUGCAGCCUCAAGACUUACUGUACAUAGGAGAAUUCACACUGGAGAGAAACCGUAUAUAUGUAAGGAAUGUGGGAAGGCCUUUACUACAUCCUCAGAACUUACUGUACAUAGGAGAAUUCACACUGGAGAGAAACCGUAUAUAUGUAAGGAAUGUGGGAAGGCCUUUGCUGCAGCCUCAAGACUUACUGUACAUAUGAGAAUUCACACUGGAGAGAAACCGUAUAUAUGUAAGGAAUGUGGGAAGGCCUUUGCUACAUCCUCAGAACUUACUGUACAUAGAAAAAUUCACACUGGAGAGAAACCAUAUAUAUGUAAGGAAUGUGGAAAGGCCUUUGCUGCAGCCUCAAGCCUUCGUGUACAUAGGAGAAUUCACACUGGAGAGAAACCGUAUAUAUGUAAGGAAUGUGGGAAGGCCUUUGCUAUAGCCUCAAGACUUAGUGAACAUAGGAGAAUUCACACUGGAGAGAAACCCUAUAUAUGUAAGGAAUGUGGAAAGGCCUUUGCUGCAGCCUCAAGACUUACUGUACAUAGGAGAAUUCACACUGGAGAGAAACCGUAUAUAUGUAAGGAAUGUGGGAAGGCCUUUGCUAAAGCCUCAAGACUUACUGUACAUAGGAGAAUUCACACUGGAGAGAAACCGUAUAUAUGUAAGGAAUGUGGGAAGGCCUUUGCUACAUCCUCAGAACUUACUGUACAUAGGAAAAUUCACACUGGAGAGAAACCAUAUAUAUGUAAGGAAUGUGGAAAGGCCUUUGCUGCAGCCUCAAGACUUACUGUACAUAGGAGAAUUCACACUGGAGAGAAACCGUAUAUAUGUAAGGAAUGUGGGAAGGCCUUUGCUAAAGCCUCAAGACUUACUGUACAUAGGAGAAUUCACACUGGAGAGAAACCGUAUAUAUGUAAGGAAUGUGGGAAGGCCUUUGCUAAAGCCUCAAGACUUAGUGAACAUGAGAAUUCACACUGGAGAGAAACCCUAUAUCUGCAAAGAAUGUGGGAAGCCCUUCGGUCAAUCUCAGUACCUUCGGAAUCAUAG